CGACGCGCAGGCGCAGUACGGAAUCUUCGUUGAGCUGAAACGAACAUGCGACCCAACAUCAUGUCCAGCCUGGAGACCUUUCAGAGUCAGCUUGGUUCUGUAAUGGAGCGUCUGGCGGGGGCGGCGGUGGCAGAGCUGGGCAGGCUUCUGAAGCAGAGUUCCGCUGACGUCUGGACCGGCCCCGCUGCGGCUCCAGCUCCGGCUGCGGGGAGCGAGGAGAGCCGGCGGGAGGACGAGUCUUUCCGGCAGUCUUUCCAAAAGAUAACGGAUCGCUUUGCAUCCCUCAUGGAAGUGUGGACCAAAGAUGCUGUGGAGAGCAUCCUGAAGAUGCUGAAAGCAUCAAAAUGUCAGGUUUCCCUUGCAGAGCAGAGCAAAGGCCUAAACAUGAGAAGAAAACGGAGAAGCAGAACUGUGCAGGAAAGGGUCUCAUCCAGAAGAACUGCAGCCGUGUCUGCGCAGACGGACUGUGGAUCCACGUCUGCAGCUGAAACCACUCCUCCCGAUUCAGGUGAAGGAGAAACCGUCCCAGAAGACUCAGAAGUCACGGGUCAGGAGAAGAGGGCAGUGGGACGAUUUCAAUGCCCUACGUGUGACAAGACGUUUGCUCUAAAGUGCCUGAUGAACAGACACUUCCUGAUCCACAGCCGACCUCACCUUUGCUCUCAGUGUGGUAAACGCUUCGCUGCUCUCCGGGGACUGACCGCACAUUCUAGGACGCACACGGGGCAGAAGCUCCACAGAUGUGCUCAGUGCGGGACGGGGUUUGCCCACAAGUCUAGUUUUCAGAGGCACAUGCAGAAACACGCUGUGGAGAAAGCCAGGAUGCACACGUGCCCGGCGUGCCAGCUGGAGUUCUGGGGGGAGCGGGCGUUUCAGCGCCACAGGUGCUGUGCUCUGAAGAAGACCUUUGAAUGCUCCGUUUGUCCGGAGACCUUCGAGUGCCGACAGACUUUAGCCAACCACGAAAACCUCCAUUCUGGAGCCAGAGACUUUGUCUGUGAAGCAUGCGGCGAGCGCUUCCUCUCUGCCGCGUCGCUAGCUGUGCACAGAGUGAUACAUGUGCAGAAUGAAGACGGCCCCCUGAACAAAGAGGGCGGAGAAAAGGCCUUCACCUGCGACGUCUGCGGCAAAGGCUGCAGUCACCGCAGCGCUCUGAAGCACCACAUGCUGACCCACAGCGGGGAGAGGCCGUACGUCUGCGAGACCUGCGGCAAGCGCUGCAGCCACGCCAGCGCGCUGCAGAACCACCUGAGGAUCCACACGGGGAGGAAAGCGGGUCAGAAGCCCACCUGCAGAGUCUGCAGGAAGGAGUUCAGCUCCGCCGUCAAGCUAAAGUAUCACAUGAGCGUCCACACGGGAGAAAAGCCGUACGCCUGCGAUCAGUGUGACAAGCAGUUCAGCAACCCCAGUAACCUGCACGUGCACCGCAGGAUUCACGCCGGAGAGAAGAAGUACGGCUGCAACGUCUGCGGGAAGAGCUUCAUCCAGAGAAUCAGUCUGAAGCUGCACACACGAGUCCACACCGGGGAAACGCCCUUCCACUGCUCCACCUGUGGGAAGGACUUCACCCACAGGUGUGACUUCAGGAAACACCAGAGGCGACACCUGGCAGAAGACGAGGGAAGAGACAAAGCUGCUGCAGCUGUUUCUGCUCUAUGCUGAUUCGCUACAUUAAAGAACCAGUUCAAUGGUUUUUAACAUGU